AUGCCUUUUGCUCAGCUUGUGCUUGGGAGUCCCGGCGCAGGCAAAAGUACCUAUUGCGAUGGCAUGCACCAGUUUUUGGGUGCAAUAGGACGAUCCUGCUCCGUUGUCAACCUCGAUCCUGCAAACGACAAAACGAACUACCCGUGCGCCCUCGACAUCCGCGACCUCGUGACUCUGGAAGAGAUCAUGGGAAACGACAAUCUGGGACCGAACGGCGGGGUUCUCUACGCGCUUGAAGAGCUUGAACACAACUUUGAGUGGCUGGAGGAAGGUCUGAAAGAGCUUGGCGAAGAUUACAUUCUAUUUGAUUGUCCCGGCCAGGUCGAGUUGUACACCCAUCACAACUCGCUGCGGAACAUUUUUUUCAGGCUCCAGAAGAUGGGAUUCAGGUUGGUCGUUUUGCACCUUUCCGACAGUUUCUGCGUGACGCAACCCUCUCUUUACAUCUCGAACCUCCUCCUCGCCCUCCGAGCCAUGAUGCAGAUGGACCUCCCACAUAUAAAUGUCUUGACCAAGAUUGACAAGGUUGCCGAAUAUGAUGCCCUGCCGUUCAACCUUGACUUCUACACCGAGGUACAAGACCUCUCACAUCUCCUCCCCAGCCUCGAGCAGGAGUCUCCCGUACUGCGCAGCGAGAAAUUCAGGGCUCUGAAUGAAGCCGUCGCGAACCUGGUAGAGAGCUUCGCUAUGGUCCAGUUCGAAGUCCUGGCUGUCGAGAACAAGAAGAGCAUGAUGCAUCUCUUGCGAGUGAUUGAUCGAGCUGGCGGUUAUGUGUUUGGAGGCGCUGAGGGUGCCAACGACACGGUGUGGCAGGUCGCGAUGCGCAACGAGUCGUCCUUGCUCCAGGUCCAGGACAUUCAAGAGCGGUGGGUGGACCAGAAGGAGGCGUACGACGAGCUCGAGGCCAAGGAGGAGGAAGAGCAAGCCAGAAAUCGCGAGGCGCAAGCGGAGGCCAUGGCUUCAACCGAUAAUGGGUAUGAUGAGUUCGACGACAUGCCCAUGCCUCCUGCGGAUAGUGGCGUGAAGGUGGUGCGCAAAGGGAAAUGA